UUAUAUAUUUUUCUAAAAUGAUAAGUUUAACAUCAUUUGUUUGUCUAACUUAAUUAGAAUUUGGAAAGUGCAUUUAAUAAAAUGAGGUUAACAUAGAUUAUAUUGUAAAUUAAACAUAAUUUUAUAAUAAUUAAUCGUCCCCCAGGCUCUACAUUCAAAAACUUAAUGCGUACAUAAAACAUACACCAUGCAGUCAGAAGGGGUUCCUGUAGAUCUUUAUAUCUAUGACUUGACUAAUGGCCUGGCAUCAGUGAUAUCACCAAGUAUAGUUGGCCACAAAGUGGAAGGUGUUUGGCAUACAUCCAUAGUUGUGUAUGAGCGAGAGUACUUCUUUGGAGGACAAGGCAUAAGCAGCUGCCCACCGGGUAGCACAAGUUUGAGGGCUCCACAUCAAAUUAAGACCUUGGGGAACACAUUCGUACCAUUUCCAGUCUUCAAUCAGUACAUAGAGGGCCUGGCUACAUCAACAUAUGCUGGUUCAACCUAUCAUCUAAUCAAUCACAAUUGCAAUCACUUCUCCGAUGAAAUCGCACAGUUCCUUUGUGGUGAACGCGUACCUAAGCACAUACUGUCACAAGCUGAGAGAGACUUACCGGCGCAUCUCAGAAUAGCCCUUACUUCAAUGCUAGAGCAGUUGGUACCAGAUGGUUCGCAGGCAGUUUACGCGAACGGGGUUCGUCAUAGUCGACAAGACAGCCCUGAUUACCUUACGCUCAAUAAUCAAAUCGAAGAAGCAAGGAUUGCGUCACAGGAGUUAGAAGCUAAACGUAGUACCAUAGUGGAGAAACAUGCGCGAAAGGAGCGAAAAAAAGAAAAGAAAAGAAAGAAGUUGCGCGAACAAGGUGGAGCCGGAGAUGAUGAUGAUAUGGCAGAAGCUUUAGAAGCAGUAGAAGUAAGAGAUCCGGUAUCCCUGGCAGGGCCAAGUUCUCGUGACCUUGACGUUGAGGCAGAGGAACGGCGCGUAGAGGAACAACGCAAGAGAGCUAGAGAUCCUCCCGUGGUUUACAGGGAUAUUGAUGGUGUUCAAGAGUUUGAAGCCUUCUCAAAGACCCUCGAAGGAGUCGAACUAACGGCAGAAGAAAAGCAAAGUCUGGAGGAACUGCAACAGUAUUUAGUCCAGGGUGAAGGGAGCUGGGUACUUGGCGAUGAAUUCCUCAGUUUUAUUGGCCGUAUCCUAACCGACCCGUCAAUAAAGACUAGUUCCCGUUGUGGUGUCUUGAGAUGUCUAGCAGCGAGUGCUUUAAAAGAUGACGUAUCACUUUUACUACACCAAGAUAGACGACAACACGCCUUAUUGGGAUAUGCGCACUCAAUUGACAUGUUGCCAAUAGACGAACAACGUGCUUUAGGACUUUUUAUGUGCAACUUGUUUGAAAACACGUCAUCGUCAGAGUGGCUACUUUAUAUAAGUGAGUGGGAGUACAAGGGUGUAGCACUGUCAAAUAUACGGGUCACUACCAAGGUGUGUGUGCAAUGUAUGCUGAGUGAUCAGACGGAUCUACGCGAGUUCGGAACAGCGCUGUUAUACAACGUCGCCAGCAAGGAGCGGCUGGGUUUGGGCGGCAACAUUCGCAAGCAACUACCUUCCUCUGCCAAGUUUAAGGUAUUCGACGAGGUAUGCGUAGAAUUGGCGAUGGCGGCCCUACAGCUAACGCAGUACGAACCGGCUGAGGAACAUUUGUGGAGGACUCUCACAGCCUUAGCCCGACUGGCCCAACAUUCGUCUGAAGUGCCACAACUUAUUGCUAUUGUUGGACCAGAUCCUAGUGGCUACAGGGGUAGGAGUCCACGCAUAGACGAACAGAUAGAUAUAAUAAUGAAGAAAGUUAAGUAAACUUCUAGAAUAGUAAUGGAUUCGUUCCCUUUUAAUGUCGUGAGAAACUUAAUUUAUUAAUGUCGUUAAUAGCUUUUAUAGUUUAUUUGAAUUGUAUUUUGUAAUUUAUUAGAAUCCUCAAGAUUCUAGAUUGUUGUAGUACCUGACGUACUAUAUGUAAGUUAUUCUAAUAUGGUGCAUUUAAAAAAUUUAUUAAUUGGUUUUAUAAAUAUAUUGGUAUUAAAUGA